AGUUGGGAGAUCAAGUACUUAAAUCUCAGAAAUGUUUUGCAAUCAACUUUUUUAUUUUUUAUUAUGCAAGUUCAACGCAAGGUAUUUUAGGUGAUUGCUUUAUUUUUAUUAUUUUUAUUUUCUAUUAUGUUGCCAUCCUUCGUGAAGGAGCCAACCGCCAAGGCACAGAGAGGAGGAGAAAGAAAACCAACCACAAGAGAGGAGAAAAGAGAGGAGAGAGAAGACCCGCCGCCGACCACUGUCGCCGGCGGUCCUUCCUAACCACAUCAUCGUCGCUGCUGCCGCCGAACUCAAAUACACCAUUUACACAUCUGACCAAAUCCAGCACCUAUUCGAGGACAACAAUGGGAUAUCAUGCCUGCCAAACUUGAACUUUCUACAAAACCUACACUGAUGGUGGCUUCCGAGGUGAAACCGGUGGUUAUGGACUCAGACGCAGGUGGAAGUAGUAGAAAAUGUGAAGGGGAAGCUUCCACUUCUGUUGGGAUUGUAGAAACUUAUCCUGAUAUGUUGAAGAAUACUCCGUCGAACAUAAGGAGAUUGGUGGUUGAGAUCGAACAGUGUGAGGGUCGGCAGAAGUAUCUUGUGCAGACCAGAAGUCCAUCGGAUGGGGGUGAUGUUCGUUGGUAUUUCUGCAAGGUUCCUUUGGCAGAAAAUGAGCUAGCUGCCUCAGUUCCUCGCAUGGAAGUAGUAGGAAAGAGUGAUUAUUUUCGAUUUGGUAUGAGGGAUUCGCUUGCGAUAGAGGCAUCAUUCUUGCAGAGAGAAGAAGAGUUGCUUUCAAGUUGGUGGAAAGAAUAUGCAGAAUGCAGUGAAGGUCCAAAAGGGCAUCCUUUAUCAGGCACUAAGUUGGAUCCACAACCAAUGGCGUCUUCUGUAGAGAGAGUUUGCACAACUGAACUUAAUGCAAUUGAAGAAGAGAGAGUUGGUGUCCCUGUAAAGGGAGGGCUGUAUGAGGUAGAUUUAGUUAAGAGACAUUGUUUUCCUGUUUACUGGGACGGGGAAAAUCGGCGUGUUUUGAGGGGUCACUGGUUUGCUCGUAAAGGAGGACUCAAUUGGCUUCCGCUCCGUGAAGAUGUUGCUGAACAAUUGGAGUAUGCAUAUCGCACUCAGGUUUGGCAUCGGAGAACGUUUCAACCGUCAGGACUUUUUGCUGCUAGAGUUGAUCUGCAAGGCUCUACCCUGGGACUGCAUGCACUUUUUACUGGAGAAGAUGAUACAUGGGAGGCUUGGCUGAAUGUUGAUGCCUCUGGUUUUUCUAGCAUCAUUAAUUUGGGAAAGAAUGGCAUCAAGUUAAGGCGUGGAUAUGCCCCAUCUGAGUCACCAAAACCAACACAGGAUGAAUUACGUCAGAAGCAGGAGGAGGAAAUGGACGAUUACUGUUCACAGGUUCCUGUUCGGCACUUAGUAUUUAUGGUUCAUGGUAUUGGUCAAAGGUUGGAGAAAUCUAAUUUAGUAGAUGAUGUUGGCAACUUUCGCCAUAUCACAGCAAGCCUUGCUGAACGGCACCUAACUUCGUACCAACGUGACACUCAAAGAGUUCUUUACAUCCCAUGCCAGUGGAGGAGGGGUUUGAAGCUCAGCGGUGAAACUGCAGUUGAAAAGAUUACUUUAGACGGUGUUCGGGGGUUGCGUGUGAUGUUGAGUGCCACUGUUCAUGAUGUAUUAUACUACAUGAGUCCCAUCUACUGUCAAGAUAUUAUCAACUCGGUCUCCUACCAACUAAACCUAUUAUAUUUGAAGUUUCUUAAGAGGAAUCCUGGUUAUGAUGGAAAGGUUUCUAUAUAUGGUCAUUCGCUGGGAAGUGUCCUCUCGUAUGACAUCCUUUGCCAUCAAGAAAAUUUAUCCUCUCCAUUCCCAAUGAAUUGGAUGUACAUGGAACACACAGAAAAUGAAAAUUCUUCACCUAAUAUAGACAACCAAUCUUCUGAGAGAGACUGUGUGUCCAAUCCAAAUGACAACUUUGUUGUAGAUAAUGGAACAGAACCAACUUUAUUAGUUCAUGAGGAUGAACAUGCUGAAGAUUUUAGUGUUCCUUCGGGUCAUCCUGUAACAUCAGAUUCAGAGAUAGAUGAACCUUCUGUAAUAGCUAUUGACCCUAAGCAAUCAAAUGGAAUCUUAUUAGAUGAGGAUGUCCUUGAAUCUGUUUCUGAAAGUAGUGACAUGAUUUCUCACAAAAGGAAUGGCUUGAAUGAAUCACCAAGCAUGAAAAGUAGAGUCACUGUUGCUGAAUCAAAGAAAAUUUCUGAGGAAGUGUCCGAGUGUGAUGAAGACAGAGCAAUCAAAUUGCUACAAAAAGAGAAUGAUUUCCUGAAAGCCAGGAUCACAGAACUGGAAUCUCAGCGUGGUAAAGGAAAUAAGGAGGAGAUUACAACAAUGACAACUCAAGCUGUUUCUGAAGAACUUCCACCUAGGCAAAAUGAUACAACAAAGAGUUACACCCCUUAUAUAAAGUAUACAAAAUUGGAAUUUAAGGUCGACACAUUCUUUGCUGUUGGGUCCCCCCUUGGUGUAUUUCUUUCCCUCCGCAAUAUUCGUAUUGGGAUCGGCAAAGGACAAGAAUAUUGGGAAGAGGAAAAUAUAAGUGAAGAGAUGCCAGCUUGUCGGCAAAUGUUCAACAUUUUUCACCCGUUUGACCCUGUGGCAUAUAGAAUAGAACCACUUGUUUGUAAAGAAUACAUUGGCAAACGCCCUGUCAUUAUCCCAUACCAUAGAGGUGGAAAAAGGUUGCACAUUGGAUUUCAGGAAUUUGCUGAAGAUUGUGCUUCACGUUCUCAGGCAGUAAUGGCUCAUUUAAGCUCUGUAAGGGUUAAAGUACUCACAUUCUGCCAAUCAAGAAACAAAGAUGGCCUUGACGAAGAAUCAGAAAAUGCCCAAGGAAAAUAUGAGAGAUCAUAUGGUUCAAUUAUGAUGGAGAGAUUAACUGGGAAUGAAGAUGGACGAAUUGACCAUGUGCUUCAAGAUAAAACAUUUCAGCAUCCAUACAUAUCAGCUCUUGGGUCUCACACAAACUAUUGGAGGGAUUUUGAUACAGCCCUUUUCAUACUGAAACACUUGUAUCGAGAUAUACCUGAAGAACCCAUCCCAACUGAUGCACCCAAAGAAAGCAGCUCAAGAGAGGAGACUGGUUCAGAAGGCCGGUCUGAUCAAAGAGAGGUGGCCGAUGAAGAACUCCCUUUAACGUUUGCUGAUGGAUUCUUGAUAAGAAACUUCUCUAGGAAAGCGAAUAAAAUAAUGAAGCAGCGCUAGACUGACACGGGGAUUUCUUCUUCUUAUGUUGGACAAAAUGUAAGUGCAGCUGGUCUUGUCAAGGAUGAAUUCUUUGGAGUUAUUUUUCAAGCAAUCUUCCUUGCUACAAAUCAUACCACUGUAUCUUUCAAAUAAAUUGCUCCUGUAUAUAGUUGACAGGUUAAGUGCCCAAUGUAAACUGACAUGCCAUGCUGCAAAUGAACCUAGGGUUUCAGGAGUUACCAGAAUGUAACACUCGGUCAAACUUGUGCUUGUUAUACGGUGCAAGCUAUCGAGCAAGCUGUAAUUUCUUGUAAAGAAAACCUGUACAAUAGAAAUAUAGAAGUAUAUUUUGUAUGAAAAUUUACAGAAGGGGCAUUUGGUAGUUCUGUGUCCUUAAUGUGUAUAUUAUUAUAUUAUAAUUCCUUGAUUAUGUAUAUAGAAUAUGAUUAUUCAGGCAGCAUAUCAUUAGUUUAGACUUUUGUUUUUUUUUA